ACUUUAGCCUGCUAUAAAACAUUGGCAGUCGUCUCGUGAAAGCAAACUUGCGGUUAAAAGGUGACACUUCAAACAUGAAAAAUCGCCGGUUAACAGCAUUUGCAAAUGAAAAAAAAUGACACCAAAAAUCUAUUACUGACACUACAUGAAAUGACAAAAAGUGCUUUUUUGCGGAGUGUAAAGCUGAAGUUACCGGUUUAGCGAACGUACUUCCGGUGAACAUUUCAAAACAAAAGCAUGUCAUGUUCGUCAUAUAAAUAGCGAUUUCUGGAGUUAAUCCCAUAUACUUCAGAAUUCAGAUUCUACACUAAGAAUACCUUUAAAAUGACGCCCUUUCUGAAAAACCUGAUUGGCAAUGAAUAAUUAUUAUAAUACUAUUAUAUAUAGUACUAUAAUAUUAAUGCUAGGUGUUUUUUUAAGAAUUGUUUUGAAUCAUGUUGGAAAGGCGAAGUCAGUGUUCUGAAUCUGUUUACCUUCCAUUCUUUUGCACUAGUUAAUUCUAUCAGCAUUUGAACUCAUUGUUUAUUUUUUGAUUUAUUAUUGUUAUUUACGUGUUUAUUUGUUCUUUAAUAAAUAAUUUAAGUGUUCCAAUAUGUUUUUGUGAAUUGAUAAGCGUCAACAAAAAUUUCAUUGCUAAAUUAGUGAAAAAAAAAUUUUUUUUUUAAUUAUUCGAUUAGUCGACUAAUCGUAAAAAUAGUCGGCUGACUAAUCGGGAGAAAAUUAGUCGUUUGGGACAGCCCUAGUCUGAAUCAAUGCGUGAACUACAAAUUAACUGUUUCUCGUUGAUUCAUUUACCAGAUUUCACUUUAACAUAUUUAAACGAUUGUACAUGUAGUCUAAACAUUAAGUAUAUAAAAUUUCUUGUAAACCAUAAGAAUUCAAGUAUGAACAUUUAUAACAACGAACUUUUAUAACAGCUUGUAUGACAAUGUACAACAUUCUAAAAAACAAUACGACGACUGUGCAAACAUGUCAGUGUACCGGGCUUCUGUUUGUUUGAGUUUCUGAUAACCACGUGACUUCAUACGUCAGGACACUGACUGCUUUCUUAAAGGGGAAUGAACAUAGCCGGACAACACAGAGUCAAAGCGGGAUGAAAAGACUAUAUUUUCUUGUUUUAUUAAAUUACCGAAUUUACCAACAUGGUCAAAAUUACGUUGGUCAUCGAGAAGAGUUUCGGUAAUGGUACCUUGGGUAUGGAAUAUGAAGUGUGCUAUGGUGCAUCCUUUCGCCUUCCAUAUCAAUAUGCAGCACCUGGAUUCACUGGGAAGCUUUACUUCUCUCCAAAGCAUGGUGAAGGCAGAAGGCUAUUGCUUGAAAAUGGCAAGGCCGUUGACCCACGGGUGAAACUUAGCCAUGGAACUCCUAUUUUGUAUCAUGUGACGGAAAAAGACAACGGAUAUUUUUCCGUUCCUUUCGGCAACAUGUUUUUGGAUCGCACCUCACUCAAAGUUUUAGAGUGUGCUGACGCGGCGCAGAGGUAUUACCAUGCUACGUAUCGCAUCAUUCUUCCCAGUCAUGCAGAAAUCCUGGAAUUUUAUCAAAUUGACCAACCGGAGCUGGUAAUCCUGUGGAAUCGCAGCAACUCUCAGACUGGUGGCACAUCCAGGGGCCGGAUGAGAAAUAAUGCCUGGGAAAUUUCAGAGCUUACACAGGCUGACAGUGGCUACUACAAUGUUCGACAAAAAGACUACACUUUAUUGUCGAGGAAAAAACUCACAGUCACAGAGCACACAAAAAACUAUGUACCCAAGGAGGAAACUCAUUUCGUGAUGCGAUACCCACUGAGCUUUACUCCAUGGGAUGUCACCUUCGAACCGAGUAGGGACGACGAUUACUACAACAAACCCAGAGUGUUGAUGAAAUCUGGACAUCAGUACAAAAACAACGAAAUAUCAUCAGGAUCGUUUUUUGAGGAAAGAGUUUUCUUCGAUGACGAGGGCAUGCAAAUUGAUCCUAUAAAGUUACACGAUUCUGGCGUUUAUAAAUUCCGAGACACAGAUGGAAACUUGGUGUUUUGGGCCAACGUGGAGGUCGAAGAGGUACAAACGCCUGCGUAUGUUUACGUUGUCCUUUUGGCGGCUCUUGCUGUUGCGGUGGGCAUCUGCUGUUGCUGCGUAAGAAAAUGCUGUUGUAAAAAGAAAACUUCCAAAUCUCCUGCAUCGACUCAGGAAGCGGCGGCAGCACCAGCUGUGUAUUACCAUGGCACAAAUCAAUCUACAGGACCAGCUUACCCCCCGGCACCACCUACUGCAACGUACUCAUACCAGCCGGCGAAUUCAAUCUUCCCAAGGCAACCGUCCCCUGCGCCUGCACGAACACCAGCGCCCGCCUCCUCAGGACCACCUGCGUACAACAGAGUGGAUAUCCAUCCCGAUCCAAACCCGACACAGCUUGAGUCUUCCCAGCCUGGACAUGAGGUCGCUCCUGCUCCGUCCGUGGCACUCGCUUUUCCGCCUUCGGAUGACGACCCCAAGUUUGAGCUGAAAGGGUUUCGCUUUUCCUCCGACCCUCCGCUCUCGUCUGACUCCACUUUCGCCAGUGUUUACACCUCCGAUAAGCUGAACUUCUGAGAAGCUUGCGACGACUACUACACUACUGCAGGGAAAACAUGGCCGUGUCAUCAGUGUCAAUUCGUUUCGUGACGUGUUGUCUGGCGCAGCAUCGGUGGAUCCCAGACAUACAAAAAGGAACUAAAGGGAUGUUGCAGGUGGUCUUCGUAUCGUAUCAGGAAAAAAAAAGUAGUCCCUCAUCUCACAAACGCGGUCAGAAAGACGCAGAGCAGAAUUGGUGCACGUGUUCUGUAAGAAAAUAGAUUAAGAAAUGAAACACUGCUGUGCGAUAAAUGUUAAAGACAGAAAAUCAGCACAUUUUCCUAUGCAAAUCCCACCUAAGAAGGCCAAAACUGUGAGUCGUACGUUAAAGGUGCUACGAAAUGGUGACCAUGUCAAAAAAUGACUGUACUCUUGCUGUCUUUUACCAUUUCAUAGGUAUUCCAUGCAAAACAAUGCCUCAGGGAACGCCCACUUUUUGUCAGCAACUGACCUUUCGCAAACUCCACCUCCUAAACGGCCAUUGACCAAUCAUACAUUCUAGAGACCGUUGUUAGGCUGCGUUCAGACUGCAGGCAUGUCUGAUUCCAAUCGGAUUCCUGCUCAAAUUUGAUUUUCAAGGCUGAUUGUUCACACUAUCUUUAGCAAGUUUCCAAAUCAGAUUUGGGCCUGUCCAGACUGGGCAUAUUAUUGACACACCUGACAAGUGGCUGUGGCAACGAAGGGUGCUGUGGCAGCAGAGAGUGACGUCAUAAACGGUAAAAACUGGACUUGUCCGAUAAUUACUUUACCAGUAGCUGAUAUCCCGAUAUUAUCCAACUCGAGGGUUGCGGCUAUCGUUUAAUCUAUCAAUUAGUUAGUUCAAAUAAUCGAGUAACCGGAUUAUGAGCAUUUAAUGCGUUGCAGAAUAAAUUUUAGAAUAUGUUAAACAAACAAGUGUUUAUGUUAGCAAUAAUAGUUGUUUUGUCUUGUUAAGAUUACACUUUCAAAAGCGCAUUAGAUGCGAAUGCAAAAUAAAAUUCCUUAGUGUUUUUUUUUUUUCAAACGAUGCAGAACUGCUCUUUUAUUUCACAUGAGCAAUAAAAGCAUUUAUAAACAAAACACCUGACCCUAGCCUCAAAUGAUACAAAAAUAAAUAAAUAAAUGAGGUUCUAUGUACAACAAAGAACAAUUGGCUAACUUGCAAAGCAAAAUUCCUCUAGCUUAAAUGCUAAAAAAAAAAAAUUAUGCUCUUAAUAAAUCGUUGAAACACAUAUUCCCACUAAAUCCAAACUAAAUAACAAAUGUCGUGCUGCAGCUAUCGAUUAUUUUUGUAGACAAUUAAUCUAUCAACUAGUUAGUUCCAAUAUUCAAGUAAUCGGAUUAGGAACAUUUAAUGCGUUGCAGAAUAAAUUUUAGGAGAUGUUAAACAAAGGCUUGCUAAGUUUGCACAUUCAAAAGAGCAUUAAAGACGUAUACAAGAUAAAAUUCAAGAGUGUUUCUUCAUAGUGCAGAAUUGUACUUGGAUUUUAACAUAAAAUACCUGAGAUUAGCAUUAAACAGUAUUUGAAAAAAAAAAAUCAAUGAGGACUCAAUGACAACAAAAGAACAAAGAACUGGCUAACUUCGACAAAGUCUGCUAGCUUAAAUGCAAUAAAAUGCUUACUUUUUUUUUUUUUUAACAAAACUUUUAACAAAUUGUUCAAACACAUAGUCCCUCAAAAACGGCAAAAUAUACCUAACUAAUACGUAACUAAAAUACGAAUGUAGUUUUAUUAUAUAUUAUUUAGCUUAUAUUGGUCUUAACAGGGAGCAGCUUAAUUCAGCCAUGUUAAAUGAGUUAUGCCAUAUUCACUGUUGCCACUAGAUGCUAGCACUUUCAAAACAAACCAUUACAAUGCCACUCUUAAUUAAACGAGUAAUCGAAGGAGCAAAAUUUUGAUUCAAAGCUUUUUCCUAAUCGAAUUCCUCAAGUUAAUCGAUUAAUCAUUGCAGCACUAAACAAAUGCAUAAACAAACAUAUUAGCUCAAACAAAAACAUACCUUGUGUUUGUUCUUAACAGGGACCAGCUGGAUUCCGCCAUGUUAGACGAGUUAUGGCAAAUUUACUGUUGCUAUUAGAGGGCAGUGUAUCCACUCAAAAAAAAACUAAAUGCAACACUUCCUAAUCAAACAAUUAUAACAUCACGCUAAGUAAACAAAUCCUCAAAGCAGCAAAAUUUGAUUCAGGGAUUUUUCCGAAUCAAAUUAGUCGAGUUAAUUCAUUGUUGCAACGCUAUCCAACUCCAAAAUUACGAUGCAGAUAUCAAAUUGUUGCAGUCCAUUCUAUAAAUCAGCUAACAUUAAAAUGCGAUGCUUCCACUAUUUAAAUAAACAUAGCGUCCUAAUAAGCGCGUUGAAUAUAUUUUGUUUUUAUUUUUCAUGUAACAAUUUGUGAAGGGACACCUUAGUAUCCCAACCGUUUGCCUCGAUAGAUAGAUUUUGCCUAAUUUUGGAGGAUGUUGCACUUGUUUUGCUCCAGGAUAAAUCACUUAAAACACUCCGGUUUACGUCUAGGGUCACAAAGCUUGCCAGCUUAGGAGCUGUAAUUAAUGGAUGGGGGUGGGGUGGGGUCUUUUGUCAAUGAAUUUGAAGGUCAAUUGAUGAUCAUGCCCAGCUUUCUAGUACUGCGUUAGCUAGUACAUGUUGACAGAAUGACAGAAUGUUCAGUGGUAACAAGAAAAUAGAAAGCCUAUGGAUUAGCGUGCUAGCAGACAGCAAAAGCUGCAGCUUGUCCUCGGUGUGACAUCAAUCCUUUUGGAGAUUUUUUAGAAGGUGGGGCCGAGGCAGCCGAGAAAGGAAGACUACUUUCGUUUUUAUUUUGGUGGAUUUGUGUCAAAAAUAUGGUCUGCUAUCAUUUUAAAGUCACUUGUUUAUCAUUUCAUAGCACCUUUCAAACUCUCAACUGUGAGGCAAAUAUGCUAAACACUUGGACCACUGUGCUGCCGCUUUGUGUUCAUACAGCAGGUAAAUGUGUCGGUUGACUUUAACUCAACAAGUGUCAUUGAUCUCAAAAGCUGUCAGUGGCAUGGGAUGAGCUAAAAUGAGCGGUGAUCCUAAGCGUAAUCACGUUACCGUCAAGUGUUGCUUCAUGUUGGAAUGUAAAAUGUGUUCUUGUUCAUGCUAACUUUCUGAGGCCUCAGGUCACAUUUGCCGAGCUCGUUUAUGAGCACUGCUCUCAAAUCACUACCGUGAAGUUGGCCCCCCAUCUAACGCUAAUUUUUAUAAAAAUGAUGUGAAUCGUUUGUGCUGUAAAAAGUUUCGUUUAUGCUAUCAUCAUUUUUAAGAUAUAUACUGUAUAUAUAUACAGUAAUUCUUCUGUAGGUCAAUCUGAGGUCAACCAGCCCCCCAUUUUGAUUAAAAAUGGCUAAAAAUUGUGUCACUUGCUUCGUUUGUUCUGGUUUGAACUGUAAGAAGUUUUGUUUUUGCUGCUAUAGUUAUUGAGAUAUAAAUUUUGAGUGAUGACAUCACGCAGCCCCCCCGCCCCCAUUUAUUGCAAAGUGGACCCGAAAUGGUGCCAUCCAUUUAUGCUUGUUUGUUCUGUAAAAAUUUUCGUUUGUGCUGCUAUUGUUUUAUAGCUAUUGAGAUAUUGUUUUCGAGUGAUGACGUCAAUUGCAGCCCCUCUGUCGCAGCUGACGGAGUGUAAGAACUCUCUCAAAAACAGAGGGGUAUCCCAACAACAAGUGCAAACGAAUGGCACCCCUAUGGGUCCAUUUUGUGGUAAAUGGGGGGAUGCGAGUCACGUUAUCACUCCAAAAUAAUAUCUCAAGCCCCCAUUUACAGCAAAAUGGACCUGAAGGCAUGCCAUUUGCGACGUUUGCGCAGAAGUGGUUAGAGUAGCCAAAACCUUUACACGAAGUUAUCUAUAUGAACUGUUAUUAUUAUAAUGUACUAUAACCUAUUACUAAGGUAGUGCCAAAAAAUCAAUUAUUAGAUGCAUCGCGAUUCGACACGCGACGAUUCGAUUACGAUUCAUACUGUAAAUGUUCAAAAACGAUGAUUUUCCCCAAUAACGUAACCUUUAACGGACGCACGCACAACAUUAUGAUGGAUGCUGCUGGUUACUGAGCGAGAGAUUUACCGUAAUUUCCCGAAUAUAAGGCGCACCCGUGUAUAAUGGGCACUCCAAAUUUACUUGUAAAAUCUAGGGGAAAUUAUUGUACCCGUUUAUAACGCGCACCCUAGUAUUAGCACCAAUAAAUAGAAGAAUACAAGAAAACAAGAGCUUGUGUACAGAUACAGAAAUGUCAUUUUACUGACUGUUGAAACACAGCACAAGCAUAGCACAUUGGUAGUUCAAAACAUUACCUUAAACUGACAUUAGUUACGGUAAUAAUAUGAUUUGACAACUUCUCCAGCUUACCAGAAUCUAGGAGAAAACAAAAAAGAUGUGACUUUUCUUUUAAAGGCUGCUGUAUAACUUGCUCGUUUCAUCAUGAUGAAUAAGUGUUUCUUCCAUGGAGUGAUACGGUAAAAUGAAAGUGAGAACGUAAGUCGGAAAUCUGUGAGAGCUCAUCGCUGUCAACGCGACAGUAACAAUAGGAACUAUUGUUAUUUGGGUUUGAGUUUCCCGAGGGACAGAUAUAGUUGACGGACACAGGAAGUCUGUGCUUUGUUACGGUCCGAGUUGCGGAGCUGCAAUAAACGUUGACUCAAAUGAGUCCAAGAAACUAAAUUCUGUGCUUUAUGAAGAGUGAAAAAAGCUGAAUUUCACACAGAUGAAAUCAUUCAGCCGAUCAGAGUAAAUUAUCUUAUAUUUGUAUUAUAUAGUGGUUGGCAGCGGGUCGCUGCAUACGUUUCUUCAACACAACGUGGCCGUGUCAAUAAAAAAAAAUCGGUUUAUGUAUAUAUAUAUAUAUAUAUAUAUAUAUAUAUAUAUAUAUAUAUAUAUAUAUAUAUAUAUAUAUAUAUAUAUAUAUAUAUAAUGUGUAAUAUAUAUGUAUAUUUCUGUCUCCAUCCAUUUCCCCGUUUAUAAUGCGCAUCAUGAUUUUACAAGUUGAUUUUGGGGGGAAAAAGUGCGCGUUAUAUUGGAGAAAUUACGGUACUCCUUUUCAGAACCCUGGGAAAUAAAUUUGUGUAUGAGACAGGCAGGGAUCCUGCGGUUGCGCUUCUGUGCGCAAGUUAUUUUUUAGAGGGAGAGAGAAAGAGAAAUAGUUUGUUGCUCCUUGUCUUUCAGUUGUUCAGCAGUAGGUUCAAGUCGUGUUAAUUGGAAAAAGUCCUAAGUGUUUUGCUAAGUCCCAUGUCCAUCUAUCAGAGGUGAGUACACGGACCCUCUUGAAACUGUUUAGCCUUUAUUGUUGUCGUUUUUGAGAUGUUACUAGUUAGCGCCAAGCGCUAUGCUAAUUAGCGACUUCGCUAACAUGUAUUUCCAUGUCAAGUUGUGCAUUGUUGGUGGUGUACAUAAGUUACUCGAAGUUAAGUACAACAGUAACAGUUUAAGGGCAGCUUUUCGUCAUAUGGGCAUGUUUCCAUUGUUCCUGUUGAAUCAUUUGGAUAUUUUAAAUAAAUCCUGGGCAUAAAUUUGUUUGGCUUUAUUAAUAAGCAAUGUAUGAUGUAUGGAUAACCGUGAUCAUCGUCAAUACCGCGAUCAUGUGUCAAUAAUCGAAUCGUAGCAUCCUCUCUGGAAAAAAAGGUCAAAUCUAAUAUCUAGAAUAAAGAGGAAAAAUGUAAUUAAUAAUUUUGCCUAAAGUAGCGGAGUAAGAGUAGCGUUUCUUCUUCCCAGAUCUACUCAAAGAAAAGUAAAAAGUGUGGCUACUCUUAGAAAUACAUUGUUUUCAAAAUGUUACUCAAGUAAAUGUAACUGAGUAAACGUAACGCGUUACUACACACCUCUACGUUUGCGGUAGUUGAUGGGACACCCCUCGCUUAUUGAGAGAGUUGGUACGCUCCGUCAGCCGUGGGAGUUGGAUACGGAAAAGCUGCGAUUUACGUCAUCACUCGAAAUUAACAUUUCAAUAGCUAUAAAACGGUAGAACAAACGAAAAGUUUUACAGCACAAACUUAGCAUACACGAAUAGCACAAUUUUGGGUCCAUUUUGAAAUGAAAUCGGGGCUGCGUGACGUCAUCACUCCCAAUUACAACCUCAAUAACGAAGGAGCACAAACCAGCACAAACGAAGCCUAAACGAUUGACAUGAUUUUUAGCCAUUUUUCUUCAAAAUGGGUGGCUGGUUGACCUCAGAUUGACCAUAAAGGAAUUUGUAAAUAUCUAAAACAGGAUCGCAGCACAAACAAAACUUUUUACAGCACAAGUGAUUGACAUCAUUUAAUAUAAAUUUGCGUCUGAUUAGGGGCCAACUUCACGGUGGUCUCAAAUUGGCCUCAGCACUGCACUUCGUAUCACUUCGUAUUCAUGUACUUUGGUUUUGGGUGCCUUAGAGCCUAAGCUAGUGUCAUGUCUGUGCGAUCUUCAACUUCUCUUAGGAAAGAAAAUGCAUUUUGUUUGUUGUAUGAUCUUGUAUGCUGACACUUUUUAGAAAUACCACUUGUAUUUUACUCUGUAAAUGUCGUCAUUUUGGUACCAACGUAAAUGUGUACUUAAAUUGUUUUGAGUAUACGAAAGUAGAAAUUGUUACUCUAACAUUGUUUUGAUGUCAAAAGCAAAAUCCUCAGAUGCAUCGGACCAAUGUUGUUUAACCAAAUCAACAAUACCUGUGCCUGAUUUUACAAAAAGAAAAGUAGCGAACAGCGUCUCAUUAUUAUUUAAUGGACUUUAAAAAGCCAUUGUCGAACGUGGAAAGGCUUAAAUCAGACAUUUUAAGCCUUGAGUGAACAGAACACGCCUCAUACGAAGUCAAGUUUAGGAAUGAACAUACUACCUCAUCUUUGGAAAAAGUUACUGGUCUUUUCUUUCUUUUUAAAUCAAAACCAAAACCUUACUGCCUUUUCAUAACAAAUGCCGUUGACUCGUUAAAUUUCUCUUUUCGCUAUUGUAAAUGCUCUCAAAAUAUAUCUUGUGCUUGCAUGUGCACUAUUUGCUUUCAUUUGCUUGGGACUGUUUUUGUGGAAAGAUGUUUCAUGGUGAAAUGUUUUAUCUAACAAAAGUGUACAUUAAAGCUACUAAGGCCCG